GCGGCCUCCCCCGGUCCUUCCUUCCCAGGGUUCAAUGAGCGCCGUGUGGCCCCACCCCGCGUCUCUCCAGCGCCGUCCGCCUCUUCAAUGUAGCCUACUACUCUCGGAGGAAGAGAAAGGGAGAAAAUAACAACAACAACAACAACCCCACGGAAGACUCGCUCCUUCUCGGACCGCGUUUCAGCGCCUCUCAGUCCCCGGCGCGCCUCCUCUCUCCCUCCCCCCGGAGAGGAGCGGCCUUUGACGGUGGGAACGUGCAGCUCCAGCCGCCCCGCAUCCUGCUUUUUUUUUUUCUGAAUGUAAAUGCACAUGUAAGCGUGUCAAGCCCGUGGCGUGUUUACCCUUCCUCGGAUUCACGGGGUGGGUGGGUGUGGGGGGGGGACAAAUCUGUAAAUAUGUGUUUUUGUGACGGUCUGUAGGUGUGUAAACAUUUAGAGGCCGCGUUAAAAAAAAAACAAAAAAAAAAACUAAAGCCUGACAGCGGGGGUUGAUUUAUUUUUAUUUUUUUUAAUAUAUAUAAUUUUUUCCCCCACCUGCAAGAAACGUGGAUACAUUUCGAGAGAUCUUGGUCACGUUUUUCUUUUUUUUUUCCCUCUUACACUUUUUUUUUUUUAAAUAAUUUUCCCCCUUUUUUUUCUCGUUGAAGGAUUCAUGUGAGAUUUCAGAAAAUCAACAGUAUAUGGCUGCGCAGUUUUGGAGGCUCGGUGGUGAUGUGAAGGACUGAUAACACAUUUCUGCAACAAAAGAGAGGGAGGGAGAGGGAGGGAGAAAGGAGAGAGAGAGAGAGAGGGGAGAGAGAGAGAGAGAGAGAAGGCCCUUUGGAGGAGAAAAUACAGCAAGGAACAGCAAUCACAACUAAGGACACAUUAGGGGGCUCGUUUCUGAGUUGGAGGUGGCGACAGGAGGACCACCGCAGCUCGGUUUGAUGCGGAGAGGGAGCCGGAGGACGACGGAAGGAGGAAGAAUAUCAUACAUGUAGCUGGUUUGGCUGCACAUAUUAUCUCCCUUCCUGCUGUUCUGCUAGGUGGGUACCCGACCAGAGACAGAACAUCGGGACAGAAAGGAAGAAGAAAAAAAAAACAUCUACAUUAAAAAACAAAGAAGGAGUCCAAGCGUUCAUCUCCGGACAUGUUUUUCGCCAAAGACGACGCGGAGACGAGCAGCGCGUCACCAGCCCGGCCGGGCCGCGCGGACCACGCCGACUUCAGCUCCCUGUCACGGGCGGCAGCGAGACGCGAGACCCCGGCUUUCGGAGAUGCAAAUUAGGCUCCGCCGCUGCCUCCGCUCGAGGUCAAAGCUCUCGCGUUUUUGGCGUCGUGACGACCGCCGUGGAUUAUAAUCGUCUUGGCCGCCUCGUCGAGGGGGAGAGUCGAUUAAAAGAAGGAGCGAGGCGAGGCGCCACAAAGUGAACGCAAAGGCGGGGAGGAAGAAGAAGAAGAAGAAAAGCUGGAUUGAAGCUAAGCGAGAAGGCGGCCUCCGUGUCGUCAGCGGUAUCCUGCCCUUAUUUUUUCUCUCCCCCCCCCUCCUUCUGACAGCUAAAUGCGCUUUAUGCACACAUUAUUACUCCAGAACUGACCCACGGACGGUUCUCGGAACAGUCACCCGUGUAAAUGUGUGUUACGUCGCUGCCAAAGCCGAGGGUCAAACGAGGGACCUAGACGAUCUUUGCUUAUUUAUUUUCGUUUCCACAUACUCCCCUCCCUCCACUACUUGUACUUUCUUCCACUCCUCUUCCUCCUCCCCUGGACCCCCAUUUUUUUUUUUUUUUUUUUUUUUUCCUCCUUGCGGGAAGAUGGGUUGUUUGGGCAACAGUAAGACCGAAGACCAGAGAAAUGAAGAGAAGGCACAAAGAGAAGCAAACAAGAAGAUCGAGAAGCAGCUCCAGAAGGACAAGCAGAUCUACAGAGCCACACACAGACUACUGCUGCUGGGAGCUGGAGAGUCAGGAAAGAGCACCAUAGUGAAGCAGAUGAGGAUCCUUCAUGUCAACGGCUUCAAUGCAGAAGAAAAGAAGCAGAAAAUUCAAGACAUUAAGAACAACAUUAAAGAGGCGAUUGAGACCAUCGUAACAGCCAUGAGCACGCUGACACCGCCGGUGCAGCUGGCCUGUCCGGAGAACCAGUACCGGAUCGAGUACGUCCUCAACCUCGUCAACCAGAAGGACUUUGACUUUCCAUCGGAGUUUUACGAUCACGCAAAGACGCUGUGGCAGGACGACGGGGUGCGGGCGUGCUUCGAGAGAUCCAACGAGUAUCAGCUAAUCGACUGUGCGCAAUACUUUCUAGACAAGAUUGACAUUGUGAAGCAGAAUGACUACACUCCAACGGAUCAGGAUUUGCUUCGGUGCAGAGUUUUGACUUCGGGGAUCUUUGAGACGAGAUUCCAAGUAGACAAAGUCAAUUUCCACAUGUUCGAUGUUGGAGGUCAGAGAGACGAACGCAGGAAAUGGAUUCAGUGCUUUAACGAUGUGACGGCCAUCAUCUUUGUGGUGGCCAGUAGCAGCUACAACAUGGUGAUCAGAGAGGACAAUCAGACCAAUCGAUUACAGGAGGCUCUCAACCUCUUCAAGAACAUCUGGAACAACAGGUGGCUACGGACCAUUUCUGUCAUCCUGUUCCUAAAUAAACAGGACCUGCUUGCAGAGAAAGUACUAGCAGGGAAGUCUAAAAUCGAGGAAUACUUCCCUGAAUUUGCUCGCUACACCACACCCGAUGAUGCGACACCAGAGCCUGGAGAAGAUCCACGUGUCACAAGAGCAAAGUACUUCAUUAGAGAUGAGUUCCUGAGGAUCAGCACAGCGAGCGCAGAUGGGAGGCACUACUGUUACCCCCACUUCACCUGCGCCGUCGACACAGAAAACAUCCGCAGGGUCUUCAACGACUGUCGAGACAUCAUCCAGCGGAUGCACCUGCGGCAGUACGAGCUGUUGUGAUGGGAACGCCAAAAACCUACUCUCCAACCAGACCGGACUACGUUAAAAAGACACUGAACGCUGGGUCUCUGAACGCCCCCUCUUCCACGGAUGUGUGUUAGUGCCUGCAGCAACAAAUAAGGCCAAAGUACACACGAACACACACGCACACCUCUGCAGUAAACACACCAUAAACCCAGAGCUACCCCUGAUGCAACGUCCCCAUGUGAUGUGGGAUUUGAUGAAGGGGUUUCAGGGGAUGAAAAGAGAAUUAAAAUAAAGACUCCAAUCUCCAGCUUCAGCCAUAUUCCAAGCUCCUCACCUUCCUGAUGUUAAGUAUUGUCCUCCAUCACCUUUCUGAGAGCGGCCCAGUCUGGCCCCGAGUUUCCCAGCUUAGUGAGUUUGUUACAUCUGUGUUGAUGAAACCCGAGAGAGCUAAAAAAGAAAAACUAAAAAAAAAAAAAACAUCAGUGCAAAACUGGGAACGAGAACUGUUGAAUUACUGCAAAUAGAGAAUAAAUGUGUCACCAUAGAUCAGCAGAACACUGUAUCUAACUAAAUAAAUAAAAAGGAAAACAAAAAAAAAGCAACCACACACACACACACACACACAAGCACUGUGCUCAGGACUUGACUGUACACCAAACCUUCCUGUCACUCACAGACGUCUUUGAAAGCGGUGUAUCCAUCCUGCUUUCUCCUGGACAGCAAAGCCCCGGGAAGGCGGAGCCUCCGUUCUGUCCUCGCGCCGCUCGGCCUGUCGAGGUCCGCAACCGAUCCGUCCCCCCCCAGGCGAGAUCGUUGCGAUUCGAACGGACCGUGUUGGGACUAAAACAGACCUGCGGGGGGGGUGUGGGGGUGUUGCCCGCAUGACGGCGGGCUCGGGGCUCAUUGACUCCUCCGGAGCGGACUCUGCCUCGUCGGCAGCGGAGCCAAAAACUGAGGAGAAUAUAUUCAAUUUAAAGAAGGAAAGAGAAUAAAAAAUAAAUAAAAUAAAAAAAGCCAACUUUUUGUGGAAAUCAAAGAGGACAAAACUGCAUCCUGCAACAGUACCGUACCGUAUAAAUUAACAAGAACUGUCAUCCUGUUUUACCGUCUCCACAGCUGUUUUUCUGUCUGUGUAGACUUUGUGCCAUCGUGCCCUGUGCGCUCAUUCUUUAUCCGUUGCCUCCUCUCCAUCUUCACCCCCACCUUUACUUUCUCCUCACCUCUCCCCCCCAUCAGCAAGUGUUUUUUGUUUCAAGUGAAAAUGAGAUGUUACAACCCAGAACUUUGAAAAAGAAGACAGCAACCAGACCCCCUCCCUCCCUUUUUUUUUUUUUUUUUUGUAUUCAUGUGGUUAAACGACCCCCCCCCCCCCCGCCCGCCGCCUCCCUGCCAUUCCUCUCCCAGCAUUCCUACCCCGACCUCCUGCUUCUUUGUACGUACGUCUUUACUUUACUGCUGAACUAUUAUUCUUGUACAGACUGUAAAAUGUAUUAUUUUGUACAACUUUAUUGAAGAGAAAAAAAAAAAAGAAUUAACUUUUAGAAGAUCCCUGUGCCUUGAUCACGACUGUACGUGUGUAAUGAGCUAAAGUGGGUGUCAUACUGCGCUGUAUAGCUUGGCCAAUCCUCCUCCUGACUCCUCGCCAUCCUCGCUUUUUUCCCCCUCGUCCUUCUUUAAACCCGUCCCUUUAUGUAUCCUCCCUAUCUUGCUCUCUCUGUCCUCGCUUUUCCUCCUCAGAGAUGACGGAAAAAAAACCAUGUGUAGCUUUUGUAGUUUUUUUUGUUUUGUUUUUGUUUUAUCUCCCCUUUCUCUCCUUCCUCUCCCCCCUCCGAUUCUCCCGUUAUGAUUUAAAUGUCUAUUUUUGGAUCCAUAUACCCCAAAAAGAUAAAUAUAUGAAAUGUAUAUGGGUUUUAAAAAAAAAAAAAAAAGUAUUUUAUUAGAAUCAAAUGAACCUUGACAAAUUGUACACUUGAUAGUGUGCGUAUUGCUAUAACUUAAAUCCUUUCAACUGAA